CCUUUCAAUAUUCUAAUUCCUCCCUCAUCUUCCCACUAUUUAACCCUUUCCCCCCAUUCCCUCCUUUCCUCAACCCACCCUCUAAUCUCUUCAGCCCCAUAACCUCGUAACGAUUAAGCAAUUAGUAGUACCAUGGUUGCUCAGCUCAAGAACUUCGAUGCCGCUUUCCAAGAAUUGGAAGAGAAGAAGAACGAGGUCAACCCCAGCUCGAGCAUCGGCUCGUGGAUGUGGAACCCUACUGCAGCCCAGGAGGAUGACGACUCUUGGGAGGUGAAAGCCUUCGCUGAAGACACUAGCCACAUUAUGGGCGCAACCUGGCCGCCGAGGUCCUACACUUGCUCUUUCUGUAGAAGGGAGUUCCGGUCCGCACAAGCCCUCGGCGGCCACAUGAAUGUCCACCGCAGGGACCGUGCUAAGCUUCACCAAUCACAAUUCCGGCCGUUGGUUAACCAAAGAGCCCUUUUCACUUCUUGCUCUUCCCCGUCCUCCUCGGCUCUGAUACUCCCGAAUCAAGAAUUCGGGUACCCAAGUGGAGGGUUAUGUGUUCUUUACCAGCUGCCUCAUCCUACCAGCAUCUUCAACCCGAUAAAGGAGACUGUGGCGUGCCUCGAAUCAACGCCCGUUCUAUCAAUUUCGCCUUGUCCGCCUUCUCCUUCGGUUAAUUUUUCGAUGCAGUCGCAAGGUAAUAAUUCUUCUCACCCUCCCCAGACCAUACAAGUGCUCGACCAGCCCUCGUCGAGCGAGGCUGACAGUUUGGCAAUCAUGGGCAGUUUCGAUAGCCAUGAUACUAGUAACAAGCGCAAGGAUCCAGAAGAGGAAGAAGAGCUGGAUCUCGAGCUGCGGCUUGGGCACAAAUGAAUGCCAUCUCGAAAGAAUUUUUUUGGGGGAGUUUGUCCAUUUUCAAUUUGAGCAAGAGGGUACUAGAGAAGUUGUAAGAGAUAAGAUUCCUAGUAACUCUCAGAGUCUUAUGUGAGUUUUUCCUUUUUCUUCCUUUCAAUUUAUUGAUUCUAACCCUUUGAUUUCUCCAGUAAUAAUGCUUGAUGUGUUCAACUUGAAAGAAGUGGGGAAAGUAUUUGCAUUUUUUGAGGAAGAAUAUCGUGAAGAAGAGAUCAUAAUUAGGGUUUGGAAUUGAUGAUAAGCUAACACAUCGUCUUGCAGGCCAGUGUCAUUUUCUGAUCCGGAUUUCUGAGUGAAGCCUGAGCAUACAUUUCUGUGGGGAAAAUUCGAAUAUAUCUUUUUCUUUCUCUUUCUUUUUUAAUGAAAAACCAAACACGAAAGUGCCAUCUCCCUGGUAUUGUUCCUGGGGCAUUAAUAUCAACUUCUGAUCAGUGGGGGUCCGGUUCAUUGAUUCCUUCCAGGGUUCACAUCACAAAUUAUGCACCGAUUUCGCAUAUUAAGAAGUAAAUAAAA